CUUAGCCCAUCGGGCUUUCGAAUUGUGGAAAGAGGACGAUGAGAUUCUAUCAUGUUAGCGCCAAAAGCACAAGUUCCCGCCAUUUUCAACACUUCCAUCCCCCAUUUUCUCCUCCUCCAUCCCUCGAAACUUCAGAUCUGGAGAGUGACAGUACAGUGACUUGUCUAUCGAGCAGCAAAUCGACUGAGAAAAGCAAAAAUGUCCGACGAGCAGCCAGCUGAGGCCGGUAGGCGCAGGACGCGCGGCGCCGCCGCGACUGCACGCGCCGAAAAACUCAAGCUCCUAAAGGAGCUCCGUCGCGGCGGCCGACGAGAAAUGGAAGCCGGAGGCUACCAGAUCAAGAUGGAGGAGCCGAUUUACGACACUGUGGAAGAUGACGAGUACGAAGCUUUGGUAGCCAAGCGCCGGGAAGAGGUCAAGGGUUUUAUCGUGGAUGACAACGGCUUAGGCUACGGGGAUGAAGGGCAGGAAGAGGACUGGUCGAUUGCCGGGCGCUCAUUGUCCUCUGAUGAUUCCGAGGAAGAAACCGAGAGGCCAAAAAAGAAGAAAAGCAACUGCAAUUCGGAGAAGAAGGAGAAAGAAGCCGUGAAAAAACCGUCUGCUCUGGCUUCGGCGGCCGCCUUGAUGGGUAAGCAAAGGAUUUCGAAUAUGUUCACCUCGUCUGUGUUUAAGAACGAUAAGAAGAAUUUGUCGUGUGAUAGUAUUGUUGAUGAUGUGAUUGCCGAAUUUGCCCCUGACGAGAAUGAUAGGGAGAAGAGGAGAAGGGCCAAUUUGAGCAAUUUCAGUGUGAAUAAGAUGAACAAUGUCCCAGCAGCUAAUUUGGGUGCUUUGUCUGUGAAAAUUGAGAAGCCAUUUGCGAGUAGUGUUAAUGCUGAUGACAGGAAUGAAUUUAAUGAGAGCAUCUAUAACUAUGGUGAUGUAAAUGGUGACCCACAGAAAGGCUGUUUAGAAAUAGUUGAAGAUGUGAAAAGCAACACAAAUAUUCUGCCUCUCACUGAAGAUAAUUCAUCCACCUUAUUACAGAAUAUGGAAAUCAUGGAGAAGAGUGAAGAUAGAGAAAUUGUUAAUAAAGAAAGCUCACUAGAUAUAGCUGAAGCCAAGGGGUUAGAGAAGAAAAUAUUUACGCUCAAUGCAAAAAUUGAAGACUCUAAAGACCCAACUCUUAGUGCAACUGCACGGUGGCAAAACGUAAUUGCGGACUGUAAUGCGUCGGGGCCUGGGCUGAAUCAGAGCACAAGUAGUGAGGAGAACUUGGAUUUUGAUGUGGAGUCAGAUGGAUCCCUGCCAUUCUACAUACUUGAUGCCUACGAGGAAAUUUAUGGUGCUAAUGCUGGGAAUCUAUAUCUCUUUGGAAAGGUCAAAUCAGGAGGUACCUACCACAGCUGCUGUGUGGUUGUAAAAAACAUGCAGAGAUGCGUGUAUGCAAUCCCAACUGUUUCUUUUCUGCACAAUGACACUAUUCAAGAGCUUGAAAAAAAGAUUGAAGAGUCUAGAAUGGCACUCAUGGCUGCUAAAGACCAACUUGUAAAGCAAGGGAGAGAUGUUCAAAAGUCCCGAACGCCAUCCACAGACCUUAAAGAUAUGGUUGAUAAGCUACAGAAAGAUGUUGAAGAGUCUCAAACUGUUCUGCGAAACCAACUUCACGAGCUGGCAUCAGACAUGAAGACUGAAAUAGCAAAGGAGCUACUAGAAAGGAAUGUUUCUAGUUUCAGCAUGGCUCCUGUUAAGAGAAAUUAUGCAUUUGAGAGAUCAGAUAUACCUCACGGGGAAAAUUAUGUCCUCAAGAUCAACUAUCCAUUUAAGGACCAAUCGCUUCCAUUAGAUCUCAAGGGAAAUAACUUCUGUGCUUUGCUUGGAACUCAUAGCAGCUGCUUGGAGCUUUUCUUGAUUAAAAGAAAAAUUAAGGGACCAUCAUGGUUAUUAAUCUCAAAGUUCUCGACCUGUGCAGCUGCUCAGCGUGUGAGCUGGUGUAAAUUUGAGGUCACAGUAGAUUUCACAAAGGAUAUUCAAGUCGCAACUUCAUCAAAAAAGUUCUUGGAAAUUCCUCCUGUUGUAGUUGCAGCAAUAAAUUUGAAAACUAUCAUCAACGGGAAACAGAAUGUCAAUGAAAUUGUUGCUGCAUCUGUUAUUUGCUGCCACAAGGCUAAGAUUGAUUAUCCCAUGGGGGCUUCAGAAUGGACCCGUCCUGGUAUGCUUAGUCAUUUCACUGUUGUGCGUAAACUUGAAGGUGGCAUAUUUCCUAUGAGUUUUGCGAAGGAGGCAGCUGCGAAAAAUGCUAAGGCUGGCUCAAAUGUUAUUUGCUAUGAAAGCAGGCAAGUCUUAUUUGAAAGAGCUUUGUUAAAUCGUUUGAUGAUUGAGAUUCACAAAUUGGAUAGUGACGUUCUGGUUGGGCACAAUAUAUCCGGGUUUGACCUGGAUGUCCUUCUUCACAGAGUCCAGGCUUCCCGCGUGCCUAGCAGUAUGUGGUCAAAAAUAGGCCGCCUCAAGCGCUCUGUGAUGCCCAAACUUAGCAAAGGAAGCUCAGUAUUUGGUUCAGGAGCGAGUCCCGGAAUCAUGUCUUGCAUUGCUGGCCGUCUCUUAUGUGAUACUUACAUUUGUUCGCGUGACCUACUCAAGGAGGUUAGCUAUUCCUUGACACAACUAGCAAAGACACAGCUGAAUAAAGACCGUAAGGAGAUAACUCCUCACGAUAUUCCCCAGAUGUUCCAAACUUCUGAGUCGCUACUGGAACUUAUCGAGUAUGGUGAAACAGACGCAUGGUUGUCUAUGGAACUUAUGUUCCACCUGAGUGUCCUCCCACUCACUCGUCAACUGACUAAUAUUAGUGGCAAUCUUUGGCAUAAAACUCUUCAGGGUGCUAGGGCACAAAGAGUGGAAUACUUCCUGCUACAUGCAUUCCAUGCCAAGAAGUUUAUUGUCCCAGACAAGUUUUCUUCUCAGUCCAAGGAGACAAGGACAGCAAAACGGAAAAUUAGUGGUGGUGCAGAGAGCAAAGAGAUUGAUCAAGAAGAUACAACUUUUGAUGAUGAGGCUCCUGAAAAUAAUCGUGGGAAAACAAAAAAAGGACCUUCCUAUUUGGGUGGUUUAGUGCUGGAGCCAAAAAAAGGACUAUAUGAUAAGUAUAUAUUACUUUUGGAUUUCAACAGUCUGUACCCUUCCAUUAUUCAGGAAUAUAAUAUCUGUUUUACUACUGUGGAAAGACCUGCCGAUGGAUCACCUCCCAAUUUACCAUCCAGUAAAAGGACUGGGGUUUUACCGGAGUUACUUAAGCAUUUGGUGGAGAGAAGAAGAAUGGUAAAGGGAUGGUUAAAAACAGCUUCAGGUCUCAAAGCUCAGCAGUUUGAGAUACAGCAACAAGCGCUAAAGCUGACAGCAAAUAGCAUGUACGGAUGCCUGGGGUUCUCUAACUCGAGAUUCUAUGCAAAGCCCCUUGCAGAACUUAUAACAUUACAAGGAAGGGAAAUUUUGCAGAGCACUGUGGAUCUUGUUCAAAAUAAUCUAAACUUGGAGGUUAUUUAUGGCGACACCGAUUCGAUAAUGAUAUAUAGUGGACUUGAUGAUAUUGAAAAAGCUAAAUCAAUUGCAGGGAAGGUCAUUCAGGAGGUUAAUAAGAAGUAUAGGUGUCUGGAGAUUGAUCUCGAUGGCUUGUACAAGAGAAUGUUGUUGCUCAAGAAAAAGAAAUAUGCAGCUGUCAAAAUGCAUUCUAAGGAUGGUACAUCAUAUGAGGUUAUCGAGCGGAAAGGUCUUGAUAUGGUCCGCCGUGAUUGGAGUUUACUGUCAAAGGAAUUGGGAGAUUUCUGCCUCAGUCAAAUUUUAUCUGGGGGGUCCUGUGAGGAUGUUGUUGAAGUAAUACACAAUUCUCUAACAAAGGUACAAGAGGAAAUGAGGAACGGGCAAGUACCGCUGGAAAAAUAUGUCAUCACAAAGACAUUAACAAAACCACCGGAAGCAUACCCUGAUGCUAGAAAUCAGCCUCAUGUAGAGGUAGCGCUUAGACUGAAAAAAAGCGGUUAUGUGACUGGUUGUACUGCUGGAGACACUGUGCCUUACAUCAUCUGCUGUGAGCAGGGGAAAGGCUCUACAUCCUCUGCUGGAAUUGCCCAGAGAGCGAGACAUCCUGAUGAACUGAAAAAGAACAAUGAAAACUGGAUUGUCGACAUUGACUAUUACCUUGCACAGCAGAUUCAUCCCGUCAUAUCACGUCUAUGUGCAUCAAUUCAGGGUACAAGUCCAGCACGUUUGGCUGAUUGUUUGGGGCUCGACUCAUCAAAGUUCCAGAGUAAAUCAAGUGAUUCUAUCAGCAACGAUCCAUCAAGUUUGUUGUCAUUUGCAUUGGAUGAUGAGGAGAGGUAUCGAGGUUGUGAGCCUUUGGUUCUCUCCUGCCCGAGUUGCUCUGGAACUUUCGAGUGCUCGCCCAUAUUUAGCUCAGUGUAUGCAUUGAUCAAUACAAAGCCAACAGACGAGCAACCAGCCAAUAAUUUUUGGCACAAUUUGCGGUGUCCGAAUUGUCCAGCUGAAAUAGACGGCGGGAGAAUAUCUCCUGCUAUUAUUGCUAACCAGGUAAAAAGACAAGCCGAAGGAUUCAUGGCAACAUACUACAAGGGAGUGAUGAUGUGUGACGACGAAACAUGCAAUUACACUACACGUAGCGUGAAUCUUCGUGUGCUUGGUGAUUCUACUAGAGGAACCACUUGUCCCAAUUACCCACGUUGUAAUGGACACCUCAUAAGACAGUACACGGAAGCAGAUCUGUACAGGCAGCUAUCGUAUUUCUGCUACACUCUAGACACCUUGCGCUGCAUUGAGAAGGUUGAGGGUGAUAAAAGGUUGCCUCUGCAAAAGGAGUUGUCUAAAAUCAGGCCACUGGUCAAACUAGCAGCAUCAACAAUACAGAAAAUUCGCGACAGAAGUGCUUAUGGGUGGGUUCAGCUGAAAGAUUUGAUUGUGUUGGUUUAACUUUGAGAUCAAUUUAAGAGCACUGUUCUAAAAUUGUAUAGUAAACAGACUGAUAUUUAUUUUAUACUACCAUGUAAACUUGGUGCCCAUGUAUCUUCAUGAGCACAGUUAACAAAUAUUUGCAUUAUAUUUUUUUUUUGUAAGUAGUCUAUGAUUAGGCUCGUUUCUUCAUUUUCGCCUGAAUAAGGGUUGUUAUUGAUCACCACAUAGAUGAAUUUAAGGAAAGGUAGAGUUACAACUUACAACUAUCCCUGUUAUAAGAAAACAAACAAGAUUUUAACAAGUGCUAUUCUGGAGUAAAG